AUGUUCCGAACAGCACUCCUCAGGUCCGCGCGGUCCGCCGUCCGCGCUGCCCCGCGAUGCCAGGCCGCAAUGGCUCGCCCCGUUGCGCGAAGCUCCUUCGUCCAGCCAAAGCAAAUGAACCCCUCCGUAUACUUCCAGGCCGUCCGAUGCUACGCCGCGAGCGCCGGUCUGUCAAAAGAUGAGGUUACCGGCAGGAUAAUGGACCUUUUGAAGAACUUCGACAAGGUUACCGAUGCCUCCAAGCUGAACGCCGAAUCGCACUUCCACAACGACCUCGGUCUCGACAGUCUGGAUACCGUAGAGGUGGUCAUGGCAAUUGAGGAGGAAUUCAGCAUUGAGAUCCCCGACAAGGAGGCCGAUGCCAUCCACAGCGUCAAGCAAGCAGUGGACUACAUCAUGGCUCAGCCCGAUGGUGAGUCGCAACUUGAAAAUCCCGAAGUUGCCCCAAACUAA